AUGAGGACAGCAUCAAGAGCAAGAGCCCCCGCCGCCUUCCAUCCCGAGCGGGUCAUCGCCCAUUGCUUCAAGCAGUUCAGGCAGAAGGACUUCCACCUGCCCCCGAGCCGCCGGCGGAUCAUCGUGGUGCCGGGCAAGCAGGACCAGGUGCCCGCUAGCCCCACUCCCCAGCCCCCUGCUCCCCCGAGGCCUCUCCCCAGCUUCAAAACCUUGGAAGUGAAAGACAUUCAAGAGUGGCGGGUGGACAGGACCAUCUGGCUGAACCAGAGGAUGAAGCUGCGGAGGGAGCUGGAGUCGUGCGGCAACGUGAAGAGGUGGCUGGCUAACAAACAGAGCAUCACGCCUUCGGAGGCCAAGGUCUUACGCUGGAUCCAGGAGGAGCAGGACGCCCAGUGGAUGGACCACUUGACUAUGAUGAGGGCCACCAAGAAAAGAGCCCCCAAAAUCUCCCGCCACGUGGUGCCCCAGCUCCAUCUGCCCAAGCCCUCUGCCCUGUCGGCCUUGUACUCCUUCCUACGCAGCCACAAGGUCAAGGUCCUGGAGGUAUUCGGCAAGAUGGACCGGGGCGAGAGCCAGAGAAUAACCCGGGAGGAGUUCAUCAUGGCUCUGAAGGCAAUCGGAGUCCCCCUGAAGAGCCAGGAAAUGGAGGACAUCGUGAUCUUCCUCAGCUCUCUCGGGAAAUACAAUGCCAUCACCACAGAUGUCCUUGUCAACGCUUACAAGCACUGGUCCCUGACCCAGCAGAGGAGUUCCAUACCCAUGGCCAGAAAGGAUCACAUCCCGGCCAAGCACAAACCUUCCCUAAAGACUUCACCCAAGAAGCCAACGGUGGAUCCAACCCCAGAGCCUCCCAAGAUGGACCUGUUGACAGUGCCCGAGGUCAACACACAGUUGGAGUUUCGGCCCCUGACCCUGGAGGAGAUGGAGGACGUGGGCAAGCGGUACCGCGAGCGGAAGCGGCGGCACAAGCUGUCCAUCCCCUCCAUCCAGUACACGGAGAGCUGUCGCCUGGUGCGCUGCGGGGACAAGCACUUUGAUGAGCACUGCCUCCCAUCCACCGUGGAGGGGGAGAUGAAGGAGAUCAUUGGCAAGGCUCGCACCGACACCUUCCUGGUCUACCUGCAGUGCUGGAAGCUCUGUGAGGCCUACGGCCUCCCGCUGACGGAGGACAUCCUCGUGAAAGCGCUGCUGUACCCAGGGGACAAGAUCAUUUUCCAGGAUGACAAAGUGCGCCCCAUCAAGCAGCCUGGGGGUUACUACUCUGACUGGAAGCUCUUCCCCCAAAAUCUCUCCUUGCUCAGGACCCAGGGCCUCACCAAGAAGGCUGACAAGAAAACAUCAAAGAAAGUCAAGAAGAUGCACUUUAAGGACUUUGAGGAAUUUGCUUGGACACUGAAGGCAAAGAGUGUCAGUGGCUCCCACCUCACUCACCCCAAUUCCUUCUGGCCCGGUCACCUUCUGGAUAAGCUGCGGCUCUACCUGCCCACUGUGGCCGCAGACCAGAGCCUGGCUCUGUUCAGCCGCAUCCAGUACAAGCGCCACGCCUACCCAGCCAUCUACCACCCUGACCGCUGGUGGCCGAUGAGUGGGAAGUACAUGACCCAAGCCCAUUAUGAUGCUAACAAGGUGUACUCCAUCGACUAG